UCUCUUUUCUCUCACACUCUUCAGAUGGGUUUAUGGAAUAACCAGCACCAGGUGGAAGACUACCGAACUUUGUGUGUUCAAGCAGCACCACCAUUUAUCGAAUGGCUCAAGCCUUCAGCAUCGUCCUCUUUGGCUUCUUCACUCUCUUCAUCGUCGUUGACGUCUUGUUGUUCGUUGGAAGACCAAAAAAGCAGUACUCUGCAAUGCCUGCCUCUUCUGAGCAGGUUUACCGAUACAAAGCCAGUGAAAAGAGAAGAUAUUGAGGUGCAGAGAGAGGGUUCCGGAGUGAAAGAAGAGCAGAUAGAGAAGGUUACAGUGGCGCUGCACAUUGGACUGCCUAAUAGUACAACUGCAUAUGAUGAGAAGAAGGUUUUGGAUGGUGUUAAGGAAGAAGACGUCGCGCUACCAAUAACCAGGAAUAGGUUUAACGUCAAUGGAUACUCUGCUGCAGAAAGUCGAUUUUGGAUACCGACACCUGCUCAGAUUCUUGUUGGCCCGAUGCAGUUUGCUUGUUCCAUUUGCAGCAAGACCUUCAAUAGGUACAAUAACAUGCAGAUGCAUAUGUGGGGCCACGGAUCGGAAUUUAGGAAAGGGCUAGAUUCUCUAAAAGGAGCUCAACCAGCGGCAAUGCUGAGGCUACCAUGCUACUGUUGUGCUCAGGGCUGCAAGAACAACAUCAACCAUCCAAGAGCCAAGCCACUCAAAGACUUCCGGACUCUCCAAACUCACUACAAGAGAAAGCACGGCGUGAAGCCGUUUAUGUGCAGAAAAUGCGGCAAAACCUUCGCAGUAAAAGGCGAUUGGAGAACACAUGAAAAGAACUGCGGCAAGUUGUGGUACUGCAGCUGCGGAUCGGAUUUCAAACACAAAAGAUCCCUCAAAGACCACAUCCGAUCCUUCGGCAAAGGGCAUUCUCCAUGUCCUCGUCUUGAUGGUUUUCAUGAGGAUGAUCAGAAGGAAUGCAUCACUGGUUCUGAGGAUGAAUGAGUUAGUUCUAACUGGCAAAAGUUUAUCCUAAUCCUUCAUAAACAGCAGUUUUGUUAUAGUGGCAGCGAUAUCUACACUCCAAAUUUGAAUGUUUUCUAGAUUCUCCAACCUCACAGAUGGAGUGAACAAGCUUCAAUUGGAGUGUAGAGAUCGCUACCAUUUAUAUAGGAGCUACUACAUGUUUCUUGAAGGAGGGGUUAUACUUUUGCUUGCGAGUUGCGAUAAUUAACUCGAGAUGAAUUUGUUGCUUGCGCAUUCAGGUUCAGUAUCAUGCAUGAUCAAGGUAUGUGAGAUAAGGGUAGUAGCCAGGGUUUCUAUAUAUAAAUAUCCAAGCUUGUGCUCAGUAACAAAAAAUUCUCAGCAGCUUUGCGAUUGGGAGCGGUUUGCUACGGAGCUCUUGCUUUGCGAUUGGGAGUGCUAAUAGUAUUUGUUAGACAGUACUAUAUAUAAUUUUCAUAAUUUGUGGACUUAAUUUAUGAAUAAGUUGGUGAUUACUUGAUGCAAGUGAUGAAGCAGAUGAAUUUUCUUCUCCUAUCAAUAAGCACACUACAAGCUUUCAAACUGUGACAUCGAUCUUCAAUGGAGAAAACUUGUCAGCUUCAUUGCCAGCAGCUGGUAGUCAUUGCAUUAUGAUCGAUUUGUAUAAACAAAUGGAUUUGUUGUAAUUGAAUCUCUCUCAUUUUCUUUUUUUGUGAUCAACAGUUCUUUCUAAAUUAAGGGAAUACAUCUUUAUUCA